AUGUGGACCGGUUGGACCAACCGGCCAGUUGGUCCUGUGGACCGGUUGGACCAACCGGCCAGUUGGUCAUGUGGACCGGUUGGACCAACCGGCCAGUUGGUCCUGUGGACCGGUUGGACCAACCGGCCUGUUGGUCAUGUGGACCGGUUGGUCCAACCGGCCAGUUGGUCCUGUGGACCGGUUGGUCCAACCGGCCAGUUGGUCCUGUGGACCGGUUGGUCCAACCGGCCAGUUGGUCCUGUGGACCGGUUGGACCAACCGGCCAGUUGGUCCUGUGGACCGGUUGGACCAACCGGCCUGUUGGUCCUGUGGACCGGUUGGACCAACCGGCCUGUUGGUCCUGUGGACCGGUUUGACCAACCGGCCUGUUGGUCAUGUGGACCGGUUGGUCCAACCGGCCAGUUGGUCCUGUGGACCGGUUGGUCCAACCGGCCAGUUGGUCCUGUGGACCGGUUGGACCAACCGGCCAGUUGGUUCUGUGGACCGGUUGGUCCAACCGGCCUGUUGGUCCUGUGGACCGGUUGGACCAACCGGCCUGUUGGUCCUGUGGACCGGUUUGACCAACCGGCCAGUUGGUCCUGUGGACCGGUUGGACCAACCGGCCAGUUGGUCCUGUGGACCGGUUGGUCCAACCGGCCUGUUGGUCCUGUGGACCGGUUGGACCAACCGGCCAGUUGGUCCUGUGGACCGGUUGGACCAACCGGCCAGUUGGUCAUGUGGACCGGUUGGACCAACCGGCCAGUUGGUCCUGUGGACCGGUUGGACCAACCGGCCAGUUGGUCCUGUGGACCGGUUGGACCAACCGGCCUGUUGGUCCUGUGGACCGGUUGGACCAACCGGCCUGUUGGUCCUGUGGACCGGUUUGACCAACCGGCCUGUUGGUCCUGUGGACCGGUUGGACCAACCGGCCAGUUGGUCCUGUGGACCGGUUGGACCAACCGGCCUGUUGGUCCUGUGGACCGGUUUGACCAACCGGCCAGUUGGUCAUGUGGACCGGUUGGACCAACCGGCCUGUUGGUCCUGUGGACCGGUUGGACCAACCGGCCUGUUGGUCCUGUGGACCGGUUGGACCAACCGGCCUGUUGGUCCUGUGGACCGGUUGGACCAACCGGCCAGUUGGUCCUGUGGACCGGUUGGACCAACCGGCCUGUUGGUCCUGUGGACCGGUUUGACCAACCGGCCAGUUGGUCCUGUGGACCGGUUGGACCAACCGGCCAGUUGGUCCUGGGGACCGGUUGGUCCAACCGGCCUGUUGGUCCUGUGGACCGGUUGGACCGACCGGCCAGUUGGUCCUGUGGACCGGUUGGUCCAACCGGCCUGUUGGUCCUGUGGACCGGUUUGACCAACCGGCCAGUUGGUCCUGUGGACCGGUUGGACCAACCGGCCAGUUGGUCCUGUGGACCGGUUGGUCCAACCGGCCAAUUGGUCCUGUGGACCGGUUGGACCAACCGGCCAGUUGGUCAUGUGGACCGGUUGGACCAACCGGCCAGUUGGUCCUGUGGACCGGUUGGACCAACCGGCCUGUUGGUCUUGUGGACCGGUUGGUCCAACCGGCCAGUUGGUCAUGUGGACCGAUUGGACCAACCGGCCAGUUGGUCCUGUGGACCGGUUGGUCCAACCGGCCAGUUGGUCCUGUGGACCGGUUGGACCAACCGGCCAGUUGGUCCUGUGGACCGGUUGGUCCAACCGGCCUGUUGGUCCUGUGGACCGGUUGGACCAACCGGCCUGUUGGUCCUGUGGACCGGUUGGACCAACCGGCCAGUUGGUCCUGUGGACCGGUUGGUCCAACCGGCCAGUUGGUCCUGUGGACCGGUUGGACCAACCGGCCAGUUGGUCAUGUGGACCGGUUGGACCAACCGGCCAGUUGGUCCUGUGGACCGGUUGGACCAACCGGCCAGUUGGUCCUGUGGACCGGUUGGUCCAACCGGCCAGUUGGUCCUGUGGACCGGUUGGACCAACCGACCUGUUGGUCAUGUGGACCGGUUGGUCCAACCGGCCAGUUGGUCCUGUGGACCGGUUGGUCCAACCGGCCAGUUGGUCCUGUGGACCGGUUGGUCCAACCGGCCAGUUGGUCCUGUGGACCGGUUGGACCAACCGGCCAGUUGGUCAUGUGGACCGGUUGGACCAACCGGCCAGUUGGUCCUGUGGACCGGUUGGACCAACCGGCCAGUUGGUCAUGUGGACCGGUUGGACCAACCGGCCAGUUGGUCCUGUGGACCGGUUGGACCAACCGGCCUGUUGGUCAUGUGGACCGGUUGGUCCAACCGGCCUGUUGGUCCUGUGGACCGGUUGGUCCAACCGGCCAGUUGGUCCUGUGGACCGGUUGGACCAACCGGCCAGUUGGUCCUGUGGACCGGUUGGUCCAACCGGCCUGUUGGUCCUGUGGACCGGUUGGACCAACCGGCCUGUUGGUCCUGUGGACCGUUGGUCCUGUGGACCGGUUGGACCAACCGGCCAGUUGGUCCUGUGGACCGGUUGGUCCAACCGGCCUGUUGGUCCUGUGGACCGGUUGGACCAACCGGCAAGUUGGUCCUGUGGACCGGUUGGACCAACCGGCCUGUUGGUCCUGUGGACCGGUUGGACCAACCGGCCUGUUGGUCCUGUGGACCGGUUGGACCAACCGGCCAGUUGGUCCUGUGGACCGGUUUGACCAACCGGCCAGUUGGUCAUGUGGACCGGUUGGACCAACCGGCCAGUUGGUCCUGUGGACCGGUUGGACCAACCGGCCAGUUGGUCAUGUGGACCGGUUGGACCAACCGGCCAGUUGGUCCUGUGGACCGGUUGGACCAACCGGCCUGUUGGUCAUGUGGACCGGUUGGUCCAACCGGCCAGUUGGUCCUGUGGACCGGUUGGUCCAACCGGCCAGUUGGUCCUGUGGACCGGUUGGACCAACCGGCCAGUUGGUCCUGUGGACCGGUUGGUCCAACCGGCCUGUUGGUCCUGUGGACCGGUUGGACCAACCGGCCUGUUGGUCCUGUGGACCGGUUUGACCAACCGGCCAGUUGGUCCUGUGGACCGGUUGGACCAACCGGCCAGUUGGUCCUGUGGACCGGUUGGUCCAACCGGCCUGUUGGUCCUGUGGACCGGUUGGACCAACCGGCCAGUUGGUCCUGUGGACCGGUUGGACCAACCGGCCAGUUGGUCAUGCGGACCGGUUGGACCAACCGGCUUGUUGGUCAUGUGGACCGGUUGGACCAACCGGCCUGUUGGUCCUGUGGACCGGUUGGUCCAACCGGCCAGUUGGUCCUGUGGACCGGUUGGACCAACUGGCCAGUUGGUCAUGUGGACCGGUUGGACCAACCGUCCUGUUGGUCCUGUGGACCAGUUGGACCAACCGGCCUGUUGGUCCUGUGGACCGGUUGGACCAACCGGCCUGUUGGUCCUGUGGACCGGUUGGACCAACCGGCCUGUUGGUCCUGUGGACCGGUUGGACCAACCGGCCAGUUGGUCCUGUGGACCGGUUGGUCCAACCGGCCUGUUGGUCCUGUGGACCGGUUGGACCAACCGGCCAGUUGGUCCUGUGGACCGGUUGGACCAACCGGCUUGUUGGUCAUGUGGACCGGUUGGACCAACCGGCCUGUUGGUCCUGAGGACCGGUUGGACCAACCGGCCAGUUGGUCCUGUGGACCGGUUAGACCAACCGGCCAGUUGGUCAUGUGGACCGGUAGGACCAACCGGCCUGUUGGUCCUGUGGACCGGUUGGACCAACCGGCCUGUUGGUCCUGUGGACCGGUUGGACCAACCGGCCUGUUGGUCCUGUGGACCGGUUGGACCAACCGGCCUGUUGGUCCUGUGGACCGGUUGGACCAACCGGCCAGUUGGUCCUGUGGACCGGUUGGUCCAACCGGCCUGUUGGUCCUGUGGACCGGUUGGACCAACCGGCCAGUUGGUCCUGUGGACCGGUUGGACCAACCGGCCAGUUGGUCAUGUGGACCGGUUGGACCAACCGGCCAGUUGGUCCUGUGGACCGGUUGGACCAACCGGCCAGUUGGUCCUGUGGACCGGUUGGACCAACCGGCCUGUUGGUCCUGUGGACCGGUUGGACCAACCGGCCUGUUGGUCCUGUGGACCGGUUUGACCAACCGGCCUGUUGGUCCUGUGGACCGGUUGGACCAACCGGCCAGUUGGUCCUGUGGACCGGUUGGACCAACCGGCCUGUUGGUCCUGUGGACCGGUUUGACCAACCGGCCAGUUGGUCAUGUGGACCGGUUGGACCAACCGGCCUGUUGGUCCUGUGGACCGGUUGGACCAACCGGCCUGUUGGUCCUGUGGACCGGUUGGACCAACCGGCCUGUUGGUCCUGUGGACCGGUUGGACCAACCGGCCAGUUGGUCCUGUGGACCGGUUGGACAAACCGGCCUGUUGGUCCUGUGGACCGGUUUGACCAACCGGCCAGUUGGUCCUGUGGACCGGUUGGACCAACCGGCCAGUUGGUCCUGGGGACCGGUUGGUCCAACCGGCCUGUUGGUCCUGUGGACCGGUUGGACCGACCGGCCAGUUGGUCCUGUGGACCGGUUGGUCCAACCGGCCUGUUGGUCCUGUGGACCGGUUUGA